AUGGAUUCAGAGAAACAAUGGGCUGUGUGCUCCGAUGCCUACCAAUAUAUGACUGUAAACAAUUUCAGUUAUGUCUGUCUGUUGUGCAUGUUUGUUAAAGAAGAUUUAUGGAAAGUACAUGACAUGCAAGAAGAUGAACAUUGUGAAACUAUACUUGCUGGCAGCACAAGAAAACAGUAUGUGAUCAAGUCUAAGUAUCUGAAUAAUCCUCUUCUGAAAGCUCUGAUCAACAAGUCCAAUCAAGAGGGCAGUGAUGAAAGUGUUUUGAUUGUCAACUGUGAGGUGGUUCUCUUUGAUCAUCUGCUGUGGAUGCUAGAAAAUGCAGAUCCUACGUUUGGUUCUGACUCUUUGGAGGAAUUGACUGAACUUUAUGCGUUUUAA